CACAGCCACACCCGCUCUCUUCUUUUCCUCUCAUGGCAACUCCUGUAAUUGUCGGUGUUGGAGCUAUCACAGCUGCUCUCGUUGGUCGACAUCUUCUGCGCAAUGGUAUUAUUGGAAAGCGGGCAGCAGACCAGUGGGUCAAGGGUGGUUUUAAAGCGAAAAUGGAUCGCAAGGAGGCUAUUGCAAUCCUUGGGCUAAAAGAUGGCAUAACACUGCGCAACAAGUUGAAAGAUGCCCACCGUCACAUCAUGCUCGCAAACCACCCUGACCGUGGGGGUUCGCCAUACAUAGCGAGUAAAAUCAACGAAGCUAAGGACCUGUUAGACAAGACAGAUGGAAAGUCGAGAUAACUUUCAAUUCUCAUUCGUUGGUUACUUAUGGUACCGGUAAGUCGUUUCCAUGCUCUUAAACUAGGAGAAUUACUCAGAUAUCUCAAGUCUACUCUGUAUUCCUAUCCCAUUUAAUAUAUCCAUCAUAAUGAAUAUCAUCACUCAUUCCUUUGGUCCUGGCUCGCUUAUACUACGUGCCGUCCGAUUCUGCUUCUCAGAGUUCCUUCACAUAUUUAUCA